AUGCAUGAAAAAUCAACAAACAAACACAAUUCAACUAGUAUCGCGAUGACAAACGCAUUUCCAGAACAUGUCUCCAAAUCAUCAGAGGGUUCUAGAGAAAUAUCACAUAGAACAUACCCAUCAAAUCAAUUUCCUGUUGGUGGGUAUGGAGAUCGCCACCCAAGGAGAGCCAACAUUCCAUCAAUUAAUACGCAACCUAUUCACCAACUUCAGCAGAAUGACAUGCCAACCCCCGGAACGGCUUUUGAUAUGAAUUAUACACCUUUGCUGCCUUCACAGCUUCUCCUAGGAUCUCCCUUCCAGUCUGGUACGUCUCAGUUCCAAAAUUACGCUUCAUUUCAACAACAGAAUACACCACCUCAGAAUAAUCAACAGUCAGAAUUAAAUUCACAGCUACAACAAAUCUCGCCUCAGAUUUAUCAAUCACUUGUUUCUCCCUCAGUUUACGGUGCCCCUCAAUUUUAUAGUCCUCAGUCUCCUUCGAUUAGCUUUGAGAACCUUGGAAACCAUAUGCAGCAGAUGCAAAUUCAGCCUCUAUCACCUGUAACAAUGUCACCUGGGCUGGCCUCUGGGACAAGCAGGACAGUAUAUCUAGGUAACAUCCCACCAGAAACUUCAGCAGAGGAAAUAUUAGGGCAUGUCCGUAGCGGGCAGAUCGAGUCUGUACGACUACUUCCUGACAAGAACUGCGCUUUUAUUUCCUUCCUAGAUGGUAGUGCAGCCACUCAUUUUCAUUCUGAUGCCAUACUCAAGAAGCUUUCUAUUAGGGGUCAAGAUAUUAAGAUUGGUUGGGGGAAGCCUUCUCAGGUUCCUACCUCGGUGCAAUUGGCCGUGCAACAGUCGGGUGCUUCAAGGAACGUCUAUCUAGGUAACUUAGACGAGGGUGUCACUGAGGACGAGUUACGUGAAGAUCUAUGCAAGUAUGGUGCUAUCGACACUGUGAAAAUCGUUAAGGAAAAGUCGAUUGGGUUCGUCCACUUUCUUUCCAUCAGCAACGCCAUGAAGGCAGUUUCCCAACUUCCUCAAGAGACAAAGUGGCAAUCGCCACGUCGCGUUUACUACGGCAAGGAUAGAUGUGCAUACGUCUCCAAAACUCAACAGCAAAACGCAGCUCAAUAUCUUGGUAUUGCGCCAGGCUAUGCACAUGUGUUAAAUGGUGCGGAUCGUGAUCUAAUAUCAAGUGCCCUAGCACAGCAAUCUGUUGCUGCGGCAGCUGUUGCCACAGCAACUGGUGGAAUGAAUAACUUGGGUAAUCGCACGGUAUACUUGGGAAAUAUCCAUCCAGAAACUAGCAUAGAAGAAAUCUGCAACGUUGUUAGAGGCGGCCUUCUCCAUCAUAUUCGCUAUAUACCCGACAAGCAUAUUUGUUUUGUCACUUUCAUCGACCCUACGUCAGCGGCGUCAUUUUAUGCGUUGAGUAAUUUGCAAGGCUUAAUGAUACAUAACCGCAGGCUAAAAACUGGAUGGGGCAAGCAUUCUGGGGCUCUUCCGGCUGCAAUAGCUCUUGCAGUAAGUGGUGGUGCUUCUAGAAACGUAUAUAUUGGAAAUCUGGACGAGAGCUGGAGCGAGGAAAGAUUGCGACAAGACUUUUCCGAAUAUGGUGAAAUUGAACUUGUAAAUACUCUAAGGGAGAAAAGCUGCGCAUUCGUUAAUUUCACCAAUAUAGCAAAUGCUAUUAAGGCUAUUGAAGCUAUACGAGGUAAAGAAGACUAUCGAAGAUUUAAGGUAAACUUCGGGAAAGAUCGAUGUGGAAAUCCCCCUCGUCAGCUUCAAACCCAACCCUCGUCGCGCAGUGACGGAGUCAGCUCUCCAACGCCUGAUAGUGGAGGCAUUCAACCUCCAAGCCAGAAUGGGUCCUCACCCACUGAGUCGUCUGUCACUAAUGGCACCCAAAGAUACUCUGCAGUACUCACUCCUUCGACCAUUAUUAAUACAGGGAACAACAAUCCGCUCACAAUUUAUCUUAAUCAAGUCCAGCAGCACCAAUCUCAACAGCCUCUUCUAGAUCCAUAUCAUGCAGCUCAGCUUCAGCAUCAACACCAUCAUAAUGGAUUUUUUAAUCACAACAAUUUAUACGGCAUAUCUCACUCCCCCAAUUCCUUAGAUGGCCUUGAUGUAGCUCAACAUUCAUCUUAUCAGCCGAACCAUCAGCAAUCUUCUGCGAAUAGCCAUGGGAAUUGCUACCAAAACUCCAUAUCAGGAGCGCCGACAAUGAAUGGACUUCUUGCACCAGCCAGGAGUCAGCACUCUCGUGCGGUCUCCCUACCAGUAUUUGCCCAACAGGCUAAUGGACAGAUGGCAGAUAUUGGUAUGAAUGGACAUACAAGUGGAAAAAGUGAUAGAAGAAAUCAUCAUUACCAAAACUCUUUCUCAGGUGCAGCUGGCAACGGAUCCUAUAAAAAUGAGACUUACGGGCUUUCAAUUCCAGAAUCUAGUGUAGGUUCUUUAAAUGGCUGGGUAGAAGAAGAAAUUGUACGCAACUAG